CGCAUUACAUUUCUUCAAGCAACAAUCGCUAUUUGUGAUUCUGUUAACCAUUCUGCAAUAAAGAUUGAACCCGUGAGUGGAGAAAUGGAGAUGGGCCCUUAUGGUCCGUAUGUUCCGCAUGGUGCGCAUUGUUCACAUUUCAAUUUGAGACUUAUUUCUGCUAAGAAGGAAUGGAAUCCACGGAGAAGCAGACAUUCGCAUGGCUAUGGCUAUCGACUUCACAACGAAUAUUGUACGGGAUCUCUUAUUUCUCGACAAGUUGUUAUCACUGCUGGACAUUGCAUAGAAGGCAAGCAAGGAUCAAUUCUUAUGGUGAAUUUCUUGAAUCGCAGGAAACUGAUUUUGUUUCGCACAGUUAAAAAAUUUCAUAUAUAUAAGCAACGACUGGGAGACGAUAUCGCUCUUUUAUUGCUCAGCAAGCCAAUCAACGUUUGCGAUGCCCGAGAGCCAAAUGUAGACGAGCGUUUUGGAAUAAUAAGGUUGCCUCUUGGAAAUUCAUUCCGUUCCCGUUGGACCGAUCAUGAUGUCGAGUUUUCGAAAUGUACAAUGUAUGGAUACGGGAGAAGUGAGAGUGAGUUGUUCGAAUGCGCUGAUUUUAUUGCUUCGAUAGAGCAAUUACGGAUUGAUUAUCGCUUGCGAAGUAUGCGAGUCCAUUUGAAAACUAAAUCGCCAAUACUUAUCGCUAGCCUCGACGACAGAAGAAAAAUUUGCCAGGCGAGAACAUAA